UCAUUCGGCAUCCCUUUCGGGUCAAUCCCUUUAUUAGUUUUUAUAUACACCAGAUCACGAUGAGAGCUACACUUCGGCUGCUGGCCAGCGUUAAACCGGCCCGGUACUUGGAACCCUUUACUCCCACCGGUUUGACGGGUUUGAACACACACCCAAGCCCUCGUCCGACCCUGAUCUACCUCUACACAUCUACACUGGAGAAACUUAAGGCCUUCCCCGAAUCUUCCGCCUACCGCCAGGCCACUGAGGCAUUGACUCGUCACCGCUUGCAGAUCGUCGAGUCGACGAAGCCGGCCGGAUACGAAGCUUGGUUGGAACGCGUGAAGAAGGCUGUUGCCGCCGAGCCCGAGCGAUUUGCUUCCCUACGUCUGGCAGACGGUUCCUAUGCUGCAAUUCAACGUGACGACAACAGCGAUAACCCCCGUGGAGAAGAGUGGGAUGGAGAAAAGUUGGAACCAACUACGGAAGGCCCUGCUCGCACGGCGGAACAACAGGCGCGCUGGGAGAAGGAAAUUGAGGAAGCUACCUCCUCUGCUGCGGACGCCAAAUCGGACUUCCACACUAAGCAGAUGAAGUGGGAGAAUGAACCGGCCCUGGACGCUGACCAGAUCGCCGAAAUUGAGAAGAAGAUUGGUGCUGGCCUCAUUGAAGAAGUCAUUCAAGUCGCCGAGGGUGAAUUGAAGCUUGUGGACGAGCUGUACAAGUCCAAGUCUUGGGAGGAGCUUGAAGAGAAGCCUAGACCUGGUCAGUGGACUUACUUUGAACGCAAAACGGAUUAAAGGAUUGUUGCUACCAUGAAUGAUCAAUAGAACCACAAAUUACUUGUACUUAUUAGCCGACGGUGUCCAUUGGGUUGGACGCAAAUGUGACAAUUAUACUUUUUGUAGUCACAUACACUCAUUG